GACACUAUACCUUCGUUUUCAUUUCUGCAAAUUUCGAGUUGUCAUCCAAAUUGUCUACUGAAAACGAAGAGGCGUUUAUAGAUACAUGUUUUCAUCCCUUUUUUUAUUCUUGAGAUCAUACUCGGAGUUUCCUUUGUAACAGCUGAGGAAUUAUCAAAAAGAAAUGGGCACUACUUUAAAUAUCUCUUGGCCAGAUGUCAAUUAUCUCUAUUACAUUUUAAUGGAGGGUUUUAAGGAUUUAAUUGACAACUUCCAAGCGGGGAACAUUUGCAUCAUGGAGGAAGCUGAAUAUCUGAAAACAGUCAGUGAGUCACCUGACAAUAAGCUACGUGUGUAUUUUCCAGACACAAUCACUUGCAGAAAUGCGGAUGUUUCUUGUCUGCAACCUCUAAAGACUGAAGAAGCUGGUCUUCUCUUGGCACUUACUAAUGACUCGGAGCGGCUUCACUGGUAUCUGGAGAAACAACAACUGGAAAAGGCUUUGGCCCUGAAAACAGAUCAAGAAAUUAUCGUGGAUAUGAACUCCCAGUUGUGUCGCGGUGUGCUCAGGUACAUUGGGCCAAUCACUUCAAAAAGUCUGUUUUACAGGGCGUCUAUAUUCCCCACCUAUUUUGGAGUGGAGUUACAGGGUGAUGAUGCAAAGAGUGGAAUUUGUGAUGGGACCUUUCACGGAAUACGUUUUUUCCAGUGUGACCACAACAGUGGUAUAUUUGUGCCUUUCAAUAAGCUUAGGUUCCUAUCUGCCCAAGAGAUGCCUACCACAGUUAUCAAGGAACUAUCAGUGGACAAUAUGGAACAGCUGAAAAUUGGAGACAAGGUCCAGUUCUUCAAAGAAGAUAACACACUCAAAUUCGGAGUGGUCGUAGAGUUGAUGGAGAAGGAGGCUGUGAUUGUAACAGAUGGAGAAGAAAGCAACUCUGACCUUAAAAUACCACUGGAGUGUGUGAUGAAGGAGGAGAUGCUCUCCAGAGAUCUGGAGCAUGAUGGCAAGAUGGACAGGCGGGAGGCCUUGUUAGUCCAAGCAAAGAGGAAAAAUAGUGAUGAAACAUUUGGACUGACCCUGAACUCCAUGGUGGAAGUGUACCUAACAGAAGGGAAAACUGCCUAUGGCAUCAUUCGCUGGAUUGGCAAGCUUCCAGGGAAAAGUGAAACUUUUGCAGGACUUGAACUGGAGGAUGAUGUAGGAAUUUCUGAUGGAUCAUUCAAAGGACAGAGAUGUUUCUCUUGUGCCCCAAGACGAGGACUGUUUGUGAGAUUGCAGGUUUGCCGCCCAGACAGCCGCUUUCCAAGGAAGAGCCCACACAGUGACAUGAACAGCUCCUAUCAGCCAGAUUACCAGUAUAAUGAUCGGGUGCCACCACUGGUGAAUGGGAAAGCCUCUCAGGUCCUGCUGGGCAAGAUGAAAGGCAUACAGGGCCACUGCAACUCCUGCUACAUGGAUUCAGUACUUUUCAGUUUAUUUUCCUGUUCUCUUGUGCUGGACUCUAUGCUUUAUAAAAGCAGCAACAAAAAAGACUCUCCAAUCCAGAAAACCUUGCGUGAGGAAAUUGUCAACCCACUCAGAGCAAAAGGAUUUGUACCCUCCGACAGUGUGAUGAAGCUGAGGACUCAGCUCAUGGAAAGAGGACAUAGUGCCAGUUUUACCACUGAUGAGAAAGAUCCCGAAGAGUUCUUAACCCUCAUCAUGCAUCACAUUUUGGAGGUGGAGCCUCUCCUACACUUACAGCAGCCAGGACAAAAAGAGCAGGGUGCGUACUGCUACCAAAUCUUUAUUGAGCAGGACAAUGGAUUGAUCAUCCCUUCUGUGCAGCAACUUCUGGAACAUUCCUUUCACAGCUCCGUCCUCAAGCUGUCUGAGGUUCCAUCAUGCCUGAUCAUUCAGAUGCCACGGUUUGGAAAGAAGUUUAAGCUCUUUGAUAAGAUCAUUCCUUCUCUAGAACUGGACAUUACAGAUCUGCUUUCUAACAACCCUCGGUCAUGUGUUAUCUGCGGAGACUUGGCUGACCUAGAAUGCACUGACUGUUUCAAGGACCACAUUUUCUCAAAUGCAGGAUUUAAGCAGUUUUGCAGAAAUUGCUCACAACAGGUUCAUUGUCACCCACGCCGCAAGGACCACCACCCUACCAAAAUCCAGCUGCCACAGGGUUUACAGAAUGUCUGUGAUGCACAGAGAUACCGUGUACACCGAGAGGUUCUGGAGCUGUUUGCUGUCCUCUGCAUAGAAACAAGUCAUUAUGUUUCAUUUGUCAAGUAUGGCCCACAAAAUCAGCAGUGGCUAUUCUUCGACAGCAUGGCGGAUCGUCAUGGUGACAAAGAUGGCUACAACAUUCCCACAGUGAUCCAGUGUCCAGAGGUAGCCAAAUACUUGGACAUGCCGUUGAAUGAGCUCGCCAGGCAGAAUCCCCGUGACAUGGAGGGGGUGGCUAAAAGACUCUUCUGCGAUGCCUACAUGUUUCUGUAUCAAAGUAAAAGGAUGGCUCUGUAUAAGUGACAAGGGGAGGCAAGGUAGAAGAUGUCAUCUGGCACUGCAUAAACCCGGCUGCAAUGAAUCCUGAAUUGCGUAACUGGAAGAUGCUGCUUAUUUAAUGCUGUUUAGUCCUUUUUCAAGAGCUUGCAUGCUUUGCACAGUCACGAUGGGUGGCCUUUCUGUUUUAAAUGGUGGCACUAUGUGGACAUACUAUAUUUAGAAACCCCUCUGUAAGGAUGUGAUUACGUGUAUUUGCCUAAUUCUUAGCAGGUCAUGCCUUCUAAACUGGAAAUAUCCCUGUGUCGAGUCGCUAUGCAGCUGCUGGUGGACCCCAGGUAUUGAAUGAAAGGCAGGCAGACUGCAGAUUAUUAUAAUCAAGAAAUAAUGUAAGGAAAUGCAGUGACAUUUUCUCCCAUAAUCAUAAAGAGCAACAGUCUCACAAAGUGCAACAAGUGUGAUAAAAUAGCAAACUUCAGAUCAGUUUUUGACAAAUUAUGUGGUUUUUUUUUUGUUAUUUAUAUUUUGUGGACAAUUGAAGAUGAGCUGCAGCAGCAUGAUAAUGCAAUGUCUUACCAAUUUGUACAUUCUGUGAAUUUUGAGAACAGAGGACCCUUUAAUGUAGACUAAAUAAUUAGGGUGGUCUGCCUGGAAUGUGUUUUGAUGGCUGAAGUUAACGAGUUCAGCCGUGUGUGGGAUUUUGAUUCUAUACAAAAAAGAGAUUAUGUCAGUUUCAUCCAUUGAUCUAUCCAUCCAUUUUCUGUGCCCAGUUUUUCACUACAAGGUUUUAGAGAGCUUGUAGAGUUCACUUCAAUAUUUUAUUUGUACAGAGUCUGCUGGCCAGCGUAACUAAGCAAAAUCUGUCAAGCACAGCGUCCACUGAUUACCUGCAAUAGAUAUUUGUCUUUAUGUAUUUUAGCAAAAUGAGUAAUUACACACCAAGAGGGAGUGUUUGUGUACUGUAUGUGUCAACCAUUCUAAUAAUGUAUAGCUCCACUGGAGAUUCGACUAUAAUAAAUUAAUACAGGGAAGAAAAAAUUAAACUUCUAUGUUUUUAAUGUGCUAUUAGAGCUGCUGGAGAGACACAAUAUCCAGAGAAGAAAAGUUGAAUCGUAACUCAAGUUGUUUGUUUUGUUUCUGUCGUAUUUUUUGCUUUAACCUCUGUUUGUGCUUCUUGGCAUACUCUGUGUUUUUAGCUUAUGAUAAUCUAGCAAAGGAUAUGUCAUGGAGAACUUUUUUUUUUUUGCAAUUGAAUUAGAUUCAAAAAGUGCUGCCAGUUGUCUGACUGGAGUGUAAAAUUAGCAAAAAUAAAAGGUGAGGUUUUUUCUCAUUUAAAAAGAAUUCUGACCUGAGCCUGUUAGAAAGCUCUCGCCACUCUGGAUAGAUUGGGAAAUUGACGACUUUAGAUUAUAGGCAGGUGAGUUUGGCGUAGUAACACGGGACUUUGGACUUUAAAGCACAGGUGUGCCAGAUUAAUGUCUGCUUCACACAGUCUGAGCAAUUUACUUGACCUGUAGUUAUAUGCAAUAUAUUAUAUGUAUGCAUCUGUCUGUCUGUCUAUCUAUCAUAUAGUGCAUUUCAUAUCUAUCUAUCUAUCUAUCUAUCUAUCUAUCUAUCUAUCUAUCUAUCUAUCUAUCAUAUAGUGCCUUUUUAUCUAUCUAUCUAUCUAUCUAUCAUAUAGUGCCUUUCAUAUCUAUCUAUCUAUUAUGGGGGGGUACAACUCCCACCCUGGAGAGUCACAGUGGCUGCAGGUUUUUGUUCCAACCCUCUUGCUUAAUUAGAAGCCAAUCCUCACCAAUAACAGAUCUUAUUUAAUUUCACAGCUUGUUAGUGCUUUAACUCUACCAUGUCGAUUCAUUUUUAAAUCAUAGAUUUUUUCCCUUUCUGAUGAUACAUGUAUCAUCCAAGUGGUUUGAAGCAUAAAAUGGAUGAGUGUUUUAAGGUCUUCACUUUCUCUUCAUUUCUAUCAAAGUACUUACUUAAUUAGACCAAACAGUGAGUGAUGAAUACACACCGGUGGAAUGGAGACAAGCUAGAUGUAGAACUGCUGGUUCCUUUGUCAUUUGCAUCUUACUGGUAAUAAGGAGCAGUUAAAACAAUUAAUAUGGCUGUUAAGCAAUUAAGGGUUCAAAAUGUUAAAAAGCGAGACAACUAAAAUGAGGCAUAAAAAGGUCACUUGAGCAAUAAGUGCUUCAUCAACUAUACAUGACUUCUCAUGAAGCAACUGGGUUGGAAAAAAACCUGAAGUGACGGCGGCCCUCCAGGACCGGCAUUGCUCAGCUCUGAUUUAAAGGGUCUGAGUCUUAAAUAGCAAAUAAAUUAAAUGAAGUAAAUUAGUAGCAAAAACUAAUCACUAAUUAAAAAAAUGGUUAGAAUUAAAACUUGUAGCCACUGUGGCUCUGUAGGCUUGGAGUUGGACUCCCUGAUCUAUUAUAUAGUGCCUUUCUCAUCUACUGUAUCUACCUGUCUGUUUAUCUAUCUGCCCCUUCAAGGUGAAAUGUGAUGGAUGUGUGACGCAGUAUCCUGCGAGUGCUCCUGUGAAUCACCUAAUUCAGAAAUUGGCAAAAAAUUGGAAGCAAGUGGGACACUGUUGGGGUCUCUGGUUGUUAAUCCUGUUGUUCCUUGUGGUACUGUAACCACUGAAGUUCUGUUUUCUUUAUGUACAAAUGAAUGUACUCAUAGCAUCUCAAUCUAUUACAUUGUGAAGUUCUCUGAUGACACAGCCAUCUUUGAUACAGACAUAGAGAGAGACUAUAAAUAAGACAGAGAUGGGCAGCUUUGCUAAGUGGUUUGAGGACCAUUUCCUCAUUCUUAUUAUUUGGAGACUGGGGAAAUGGUUUCUUCCACUGCUGGGUUAUUAUUGCUGUACAGCACAGGUAAAUUCAUUCAAUUACAGUACUUAGGAAUUCAUAUAAAUACUACAUCAGUAUGGCACACACAGAUAGAUCACGUCUGUGCCGAUGGAAUAACAAUGUCUGUAUUACCCAUGCAAGCUGAGAAAAAAAAUGUUUCUCUCUUUCCAUGCAGUAAUAGCAAGCAUAUUACAUUAUGAUUUCUCUCACUUAAUUUGUAAAUGUUUAGACUUCUACAGGUAGCCAUGAUAUUCACUCAAAUAUGUCAACAACGACAUGUACUUCUAUAGCAACAUACAAAGAAUGUUGCUUUACAAGAUGUCAAAGAGAAAGUUACAAGAAAAGAAAAAACAAA